AUGUCAAAUUCAAAAAAUAUUGCUACGUUAGGUGGAGGAUGUUUUUGGUGUGUUGAAGCUGUUUUUCAACGUCUUAAAGGUGUAGAAAAAGUUGUGUCUGGUUAUGCUGGUGGACACAAAGAAACACCUACAUAUGAGGAAGUAAAGACAGGAAGUACAAAUCAUGCUGAAGUUGUUCAGAUAACAUUUGAUCCGCAAACGAUUGCUUAUAAACAAUUAUUAAAUGUUUUUUUUCAUAUUCAUGAUCCAACAACAAAAGAUCAACAAGGUGAUGAAGAUGUUGGUACACAAUAUCGUUCUGUUAUAUUUUAUCAUGAUUCAGUACAACAAAAAGAAGCUGAAAUGUUUAAAGCACAUUUAACUGAUGAAAAUGUUUAUAAAGAUCCAAUUGUUACAGAGAUUUUACCAAUUGAAAAUAAUCCAUUUUAUUCAGCUGAAGAUUAUCAUCAAAAUUAUUUUCAUAAUAAUCCAAAUCAAGGUUAUUGUUCAAGAGUUGUUAAGAAAAAAGUUGAUAAAUUUAUGGAGAAAUUUCCUGAAUUACUUAAAAAUCAAGUUUAA